CGUGUCCAAUGUGAGGGGGAGGUGAAACAGUUGAGAGCUCACUGUGCUAAUAACUGGCAUUAUUUAGUUUCCUCAGUCUGGAGAAGAGACCAGACAAGGCUGCUCCUCAUCAGAAUUCCACCCAGUUGGAACGACAAUGACUUCCCAUGUAAAACUCCGAAAAGAGAGGGUCGGUGUAGUGGACUAUGACACACAAAUCAAAGAGGUGCGUUGCCAGCUCUUAGACCAGCUAAAAGUGUUGGACUUGCAACUGGAGCAGAAGAACCAGCAGCUGCAGGACCUCACAGACUACCUACGGCGGAGGGGUGAGAUUGAAAGCGAGUACGCCCGUUCCCUGGAAAAACUUGCUGAAAAGUUCAUCUCCAGAAUCAAAAGGAAAGAGUCCAGUAACCACUCAGUCACCAAAGCCUGGCUGGCUCUUCUAUCCCAGACUCGCCAAGAAAGUAAGGACCACAGUUCACUGAGUGAGAGCUGUAGCAUCUUCAUCAUCCAACCCCUCACAUACUGCCUAGAGUACACACAGCGCCUCGCCAAGAAGAGUAAAGACAUUUGUACACAGUUACAGGAUGGGCUUCUCAAGGCUACCACAGAGCUACAGACUACGUGGCGGACGUACUACCAGUACCACUCGGAGUAUGUGUGUGCAGAGGGGAAACUGAAGGAAGCAGAGAAACAGGAGGAAAAGCAGAAGCAGAGUGCUGCUAAGAAACUGGAGAGGUUAAUAGAAAAAAGACAAUGUAAAGUCAAAGAGAGAGGUCUGAAAUGCAGCAAGGCCCGGAAUGAGUACCUCUUAAACUUGGCAGCAGCCAAUGCCUCCAUGAAUAAAUACUACCUCCAGGACAUCUCUACUCUCAUAGAUUGCGCAGAUGUAGGGUACCACCUGUCUCUCAGUCGGGUGAUGCAGGCCUACCUGUCCAGUCAAAGGCGGGCUCAGCAGAACCUGGCCACAGGGCUCCAGCAGCUCCAAGGAGCCGUGUCAGGACUGGACCAGAGCCACGACAGAGACACCCUUCUGCAGGACCACUAUAACGCCUUCUGUAUGCCUCUCCGCUUCCCCUACCAGCCUCAUGACGGAGACCAGGUUGCAGAGGUUAGUGCAGAGAGUGAGAUGAUUUGUGAGCUGGAGACCAGAUUCAAGCAGAUACAGACGAGACUGAAAGCGGUCACCCAGGACACUGAGGAGGCGAGUAAGAGCAUGUCAGCAGCUCAGGCUUCUCUGCUUGAGAGCAUCAGCGAGGACGAUCUGGAGCUGAACAGUGGCAGCCUAUCCUCUCAAGAGGGCAGCAUGGAGAACCUGGCAGCCAGACCCAGUGUAGCCCGCCGCAGGGCCAACCUGCAGGAGUUAGAAAACCUCUAUUUCACUAGAGUAAAAGACUACCUCAUAAACAGCUCCCUGGUAUCGAAACUACAAUCCAAACAUGACCUGCUUAAAGUGGCUGUGGAAAAAGCUGAAGCAACAAAUGGACAUCAGCCGAGACCCACUGCAAAGUCCAUGCGUGUGAGGAGGAAUCCCUCAAGUGCCAACUUGAUGCACAACCACAAGCUUUUCAAUGGAGACAUGCUGUCCUUCAUCCAGGCAUCAGGACAACAGAUUCCACUUGUUGUGAAAAGUUGCAUUCGCUUUAUUAACCUAAAUGGCCUCCACCAUGAAGGGAUAUUUAGGGUGCCAGGAUCCCAAAUGGAGGUCAACAACCUGAGGGAUGCAUUUGAGCGAGGAGAAGACCCCCUGGCUGAGCAGCGCUAUGACCUGGACUCUGUGGCUGGAGUGUUGAAGCUGUACUUCAGAGGUCUGGAGAACCCGCUGUUCCCCAUCGACAGCACCAACCAACUCCUGGAGUGUGCACAAAUAAAGAACGAGGCAGAGAGAGCAGCUCAGCUCAAAGCGAUCAUCGCUUCCUACCCCGAGCCCGUCAUUGUUGUCAUGAGAUACCUCUUUGCAUUCCUUCAUCAUGUGUCUCAGUACAGUGACGAGAACAUGAUGCAGCCUUACAAUCUGGCUGUGUGUUUCGGCCCCAGUCUGGUACGAGGGGCUCAGGAUGAUGACGUUGUCACACUGCAGCCUCAGAUCAACGCGCUGGUGAAGGGAAUCCUCCUCCAGCAUGAAAGUGUCUUCCCCAGUCAGAGCGAAGUACAGGGACCAGUGUAUGAGAAAUGCAUGACGGAGGAAGACGGCCUUGAGGUUAUUAAUGAAGAGGGAGAUGUAGAGCCAGAGUCUUCACAAACUAAAGAUGAAUUUGAUCUGGGAUCCUCAGUUGACCCCACCAACAGUUUGUCAACGCAGAAAAAGGCAGAGCGUCCCAGAGCCAACAGCAGCGGUUCUAUUGAGCGAAGUAGGUAUGCAGGGGGACCGGCAGGGAGCGCCAUUACCUCAGGUGGAAAAAUAAUGCUUCAAAUUCCCAUGGGGCCACAGUGCAGACCACGGCGGGUCUACUCUCCUGGCUAUGUUCGCAGAGAAUAUCAGGAAAACUCAUCCAAUGAUGACAUUAUACCCUUAGAUAAGGAGGUCUGUCGCCAAAUGGACUCAGUCUUCAAGGAGCUCCUCUCUCGGCGAGCAUCCCAAGACAUCUCCACCACAACCACCUCUUCUUUCUCCUCUCCUUCAGCCCCAGGUCCUCAAAAAAAGGGGAAGCGAGGUGAUGGACGAAAGGGUAAAGGAGGAGGGCUGUUCAAACCUGCAGAUCCACUGGACUGAAAGGGCUGACAUGAAGAGACGACAAAAAGAGAAACAAAAACUGUGUAGAGUGAUGUGCUCUGACAGCCGCUUUCAGCACAUUCUAUUCAUAGAAAACUGAGAUCACUGAUCCGUCACUUUUUUGGGCUUCUUUCCACAAGGUGUCUCCCUUCUCAGAAGCCUUUUCAUUCAUGUUUAUACAGAAGAACCUUGUUGUGACUGCAGACCUGCAGUUGAGUGUAGGAACUGGAUUACUUGAAAUAAACAAAUGCUUGUGUAAAGUUUAAAGUGGUUAUAAAUAAUCCUCUGUUAUUGAAAUGCUUCUCCUUUAAUGCUCAUUUUCUGUAUUGCACACUGAAAUAUAAAAAUACAAAUGCAUUGAUCAAAUGACUAUUGAAAAUGAGGUACAGAGUAAAUAAUGACACAAUGAACGACAGUAAAUUCUGUAUCCAUAAUAAACUUGUAUAUAUUAUUUGUAACAAGUUUGACAGUUUUAUUUGUCUGGAUUACAUGUCAAAUAAUUUGUAAUUUUUUAAAACAAAUGUUUAAGACUGCUGGAUAUGUCAUUCUUUUGUUUUUCUCUUUAUGGCAAAAAAUGUCGGCCAUUUAUGGUGAAAGAAUUACAUUUAUUAUUCAAGGACAAACUGUAUCUUUUAACAUAAAAUAAAAAAAAACUUUCAUUUGGA